CGAGGAACAUGGACUCCCCUAUGGACAGCGUUCUAUCACUUUUCACGCACCAAAGGUUAUAGCCAUGCUGCAACUCGAUUUAGCCCGAAUCUGGGAUAAACCCCCCGCUCCGUCAGCGGCUAUUCAGCGAUCCCCAAAACUUGGCGUUGACCAGUUCUAAUCGUCUCCCUGCGUUUGGCGGCCGCAACGAUGACCUCACCAGCAUUCCGGCCCAUAUGCCAUACAAACGAUGCAACGCUCUGAGGCGUAAAAGGAAGCUUGGGGAAUGAAUCCCGUAGCUGCCUCUUUUGGUUUGAGGGGCGCUCUACAUACAUGUACACAUGCUGAUGCUGAUACUGUAUUUAAACUUCAUAGUACUGAAGGAAAUUGACUUCAUACAUGUAAGCUUAAAACUCUAUUUCCCGCUCGAUCAAGCGCCCCCCUCCUAGAGCUAGAACAAAUCAUAUCCCACAAGCAGGUAACUGGUUCGUUAUGACGGGGCAUGUUUCUCUUACAGCGACAUUAUCGUCGUUGCUACUGUUGUCGCUGCUGCAAUCCGGGAUUGCUGCUGCGCAGUCCUGCUCCAACAACCUCAGCGUCACGUACCACGCGCCCGUGGCGGCGAGCGGCUGGCAGUACCGCCUCAUUGCGAAUGGCUUCACGAGGCCGCGCGGCAUUGCGUUUGACAACGACGGGGGGCUUCUGGUCGUGGAAUCGGGGGCUGGGUUGACGCAUUUGACGCUGAAUGACGAGGGCGGGACGUGCUUGACGGUGAAGAGCAAGAAGAGGCUGAUUGCGGAUCAGACUCUUAACCAUGGACUCGCUCUCUCUGGUGAUGGCAAAACCAUCUACGUCUCAUCAGCCGAAAGCGUCUUCUCCUUUGCCUACGACAGCCAAGCUGUCUCUGUUGAUCUCUCCUCCAACCGCACCCUCGUCACGAACAUGACCAACUCGGAUCACACCACGCGCACGCUUCUCAUAUCCAAGAAGCAACCAGACACGCUUCUCGUCUCCCGCGGCAGCAACUCCAACCAGGACUCCGCCGCUGGCGACAUCACCAGUGGACACUCUCAGAUUCGCAGCUAUAACAUUACGCGGAUAGGCAAGGGGGAUGCGCCGUUCGACUUUCUCGAUGGCCAUGUUCUUGGCUGGGGCUUGAGGAAUUCCGUUGGCGUCGUUGAGCAUCCUUCUACGGGGGGUAUCUGGUCUGUCGAGAAUUCUGUCGAUCAGCUGGAGCGCCACGGGCAGGAUAUACACCAGAACAAUCCCGGAGAAGAGCUCAACUACCAUGGCACUUUGGGCUCUAGCGAUCAUCAGGGCGGCAACUAUGGCUAUCCGUACUGCUACACCGUCUGGUCGACGUCGGGGUUCCCUGGUUUGGGACAUCUCCAAGUUGGGGACCAGUUUGCCGAUGAUGACGCUCCGUCUAAUGUGACGGACACAACUUGCAACACCGAUCAUGUCCCUCCUCGUGUUGCUUUCCAAGCUCAUUCGGCUCCUUUGGACAUUAAGUUUAAUUCCAAUGCCUCUGAAGCUUUUAUUACCUUUCAUGGUAGCUGGGAUCGAGAUGAUCCCACAGGAUACCGCAUCGUCUCCGUCGCCUUCGACUCCGAUGGCCAGCCAACUGCUCUGCAGAAUAGCACCAAUGCCGUUACCGAUGUCAUUACCAAUGAAAAUCUCACCAAUUGCCCCGAUAAGUGUUUCCGCCCCGUGGGUCUAGCAUGGGACUCGGCUGGUCGACUGUGGUUCUCGUCUGACGCCACUGGAGAGGUAUUUGUCCUUGAGCAGACGAACAGUAGUAGCAAUGGGACUAGCGGUAGCGGCUCGAAUGGUUCUUCUUCUGGUGGCAGUGACAAUGCUGGGAAUAGCUUGAGCUUGGGGAGGCCCGGCCUUGUGGCAGUUGCUCAGGCGGCGGUCUUGGUUGGGAUGCUUCUUUCUUGAAGAGGAGCAUUGUGAAGAUGAUGCUGUAUUUAUGGCGUCCUAUAUGUAUUUACUCAGCUAUUUUGUCGUGUGCCACUAUUUGUAGAGUUUAAGCUUGUGUCUGUACAGCUGUACAGCUGUAUAAGCGUAGGUAUACAGUCUUCACACCGAUUCACUGCCGGCUCUUCCUGUACAUGGGUUAUAGUAUCUUGUAUGCUUUUUUUGAG